CAAAAUACCACCACCCUACCCUGCAUUAGCUAGCUAGCUUUUGCUGAACUGGAGAUCCAUACAAAAACCUCCUGUCUGGACAUCGCUCGGGGGUCUUCUUCCCUCUGUCAAUCUCGCAGACACAGAAUAAUAAAUUAAAAGAAAGCAGAAAUGGCCAAACACAUCGUUGUCAUCGGAGCCGGCGUCGUCGGCCUCAGCGCCGCUGUCGCCUUGCAAGAGGCCGGGUACGACGUGACCAUCGUCGCGCGCGACUUUCCCGGCCCGGCCGAGACGUUCGACGGCCUGCAGCACAUCAACUUCUCGUCGCCCUGGGCCGGCGCGCACAACCGCUGGGUGCCGCCCCUGCCGUCAGGCGAAGGGCUGCGCGAGCACCGGUUCGCACUAACAACAUUUGCGCGGAUGCGCGCGCUGGCUUCCGCCGCCACGGAGUCCACUGCUCACGGCAUCACAUUCAUGAAGGGAAUCGAGUAUGUGGACACGGGCGCGGCCGUGCUGGCCGACGUGUACGGGCUGCUGACGGAGGCGCGCGCGCAGUCGGCCGAGCUUGCUAUGCCGGGGUUCCGGCUACUCGGCGCGGAUGACUUCCCCGACGCGCGCGUCGCGUGGGGCUGCGAGUACGACACGUGGUGCGUGAACCCCAUGGUGUACUGCGCUUUCCUGCUGCGACGGUUCGUGUUCCGCGGCGGGCGGGUAGCAAGGCGCGAGCUGCGCGCCGUGGCCGAGGUGUUUGCGCUGGCGGCGGCAGACGCGGUCGUUGGCAGAGGCGGAGGCGGGGUUGUUGAUGCCGUGGUCAACGCGUCGGGGGUUGGGUUCGGCGGGCCCGAGGACGGCGUGUUCCCGACGCGCGGGCAGACGUGCCUGGUGGCUAACGCGUGCGACGCCACCGUGACGCGGCAGCACGCCGACGGGUCGUGGACGUUCUGCGUGCCGCGCGGUUUUGAGGGCGGUACCAUUGUCGGCGGCACCAAGGAGCCCGACAGCUGGGACCCGCUGCCGUCGCUGGCCGUGCGCGAGCGCCUGCUGGGCAGCAUGGCUGCCACGUACCCGCGCAUCCUGGAGGGCGCUGCCGGCGGCGACUUCACCGUCAUCCGCGAUGUUGUCGGCCGCCGGCCCACCCGCAAGGCCGGGCUCAGGCUCGAGGGCGAACUUCUCCCGGGUGCUGUUGCCGGCGGCGGCGACGGCUUCGUCAUGCAUGCGUAUGGCCUGGGCGGGCGGGGCUACGAGCUCUCUUGGGGUGUGGCGGAGGGUGUGGUGACUGGCGUGAGGGAGUACUUGGAGGCGAGGGCCUCGUCGACGGCGUGAAGCGGUUGGCUGCCUCUUCUGUAAGUGCCUUUUCCAUGGCAGACAUAAUUCUCUCAAGGAGAAGGGGAGUGGCUUGUUGGCCCCCUUUUCUAGUUUAUUUCUGAAAGGUAAUGGAAAAAAAGAAGGAAAUUUGCGUCGAGAUACCGCAAUAUAAAAUUGCCAAUCAUUGCCAUUGCUUCCCAAGAAAGAC